AUGGCACAUCUACCCCUAGAACUAUUCCCGGUCAUCUUCCAGAAUAUCCUAAAGCCAAGCCAACUAGCAACCUGUUGUCUCAUCAGCAAGGCCGCUUCUGCGUUCGCGGUUCCGUUACUUUAUGAUCGCAUAUUGAUCUAUGCAUGGCACAAAGGAGCGAAAAUAAGGGUGGUUCAGGUGUUCAACACCCUCGCGAAACGCCCGAAUCUGGCUCGAUAUGUCCAUUCACUGGAACUACGAGAUUUCCCAAAGGGACCCGAGAUCAGCGUAUACGGUGUAGCUGUAUUUCUUCGUGCCUUGGACAACUGCAUCAACCUUCAGCGAUGCAUCUGGACUCGGGAUGGUUCGUUAAACAACGAAAUACUCAAGAGUCUGUCCGCCCUCCCGCAGCUUCGGUCUCUAACGAUCAACGGUCAUAGUGCGCGAUUUUACGAUGCUAGGUGCUUACUGAACAUCCGUGGUUUGUGCGACAUAUGCGUGAUCAUGCCGAGCGCGGAGGUGGUGCGAGUUCUUGUGGAAUGGACGGAACUCAACGCGAGCACUCUUCGAGGUCUGGAGAUUAUAUGCAAGACCUCGCCCCUGAUCACCGAUGAACACCUUGGUUUCAUUGCUUCUAGCUGCAUCAACUUGGAAAGGUUGCGUUUGGUCGGUUGCUCCAAGGUCUCGCACGAUGGGGUGUCAAGCUUUCUGCCUUCCAAUCGUAUUCCGAUGGUCGAACUUGCCUUAGAGGGGCUUUCUCCGAACUUCAAAUGGGUAGACCUUAGCCUCAAAUCCUCCAACAACUUGACUCGCAUGCGAUCGAUAACGUUGUCAAUGGGCGGAGAAGCUGAGUCCGACUUCGGGGAAUGGGUAGAUUCCGUCGCUACAUUGCUGCACGACGCUCCGCUCGAGGAAAUGCAGAUUUAUUCCACUGGUCCACGGCUUGGUAACUCAACCGACAACGAGCUUUGGUCGCGGCUGAUUACCCCACACGCCGCUCGUCUCACACGUUUCUCCGUGCACAGGAUGCUCCUCCUGCCGAAUACCAUCGAGGAUAUCUGUAGAAGAUGCAGUCGGCUUGAGCAGCUAUUUAUAGCGGUCCCGUAUGCUAUCUUCGAUUCCCUGGGGCCUCUCUUGGCAUCUGCUAAAAGUUUGGGAACGUUGCACCUGAACUUCCCCCAGACGUUUGGUGAUCCACCACUUGUGCCCCUAGACAAGGCUGCAGCUUUGGAUGCAACACUAGAGUAUGGCAGGUUGUUAGACAUGUACGCACGGACGAUCAAGGCAAUUCGUAUGUCGAACGCUCUCUAG